GCCGCAGCGGCUUCAAAUUCUUUCUCCGAAUUGCUCCCGCGCUUUCUUGAUGAAAGUCGGAGGUGGGGUCCAGGUGGUCCCGGAGCCGGCAGUCGAGCGGGUGCAGGCACCUGUGGAUGUUCUGCCAUCGCUUCAGGUGGAGAUGCCAAUGGCGAGCAAGCGCACACGGCUAUCUGCGGUGCACUCUGCAGACAUCUUGUCAGAAGAUGCCGACGAGGAGGUCCUGCAGUGUGUGGCCGGAGAGCUAGGAGAAGCGGUGGAUGGGCAUGUUCGGGCACAGCGCUCCCCUUCGUCGAUGCCGUGGGGGGAAGUGCAAAGCUCGUACUGCGCAGAUGCUGCGCAUAAAUGCAGCUCGAUCGAGCAAGUGCGCGCAGCCACGGAGUGUGACUUGCUUGCAAGAGCAGUGGAGCUGCUCUGUUUCGAGGUGUCUCGAAGUGGUGACGACGAAAUCUGCUGUGUUGCAGAUCGCUUCACAGCAAGUGUGAGUGGCCUCCUUCACUUUCCGAUUGGGCUUGCACCAGUGGGCUGGGUCGGAUACUGGCGGAAGGUGUUUCUGAACUUUGCCAAGCUCUUGUCUGCGACGAUGUGCGCCAUGGCAGUUUACAGAGUCCUCAUGACCACCGGCUUCGAGCAAUGGAGUCACACACUCCACGCCAUGGAGGCUUUCUCCUUCUUGGCACUUCUCAUGACAGUGAGCAGCUCCGACGGUUUUCGGGAGCUAAUGACCGAGAGGCUUCCGGAAGUGCAGGAGAGACUCGACUCGGCGAUGCGGGCUUCCCUGAAGUGGGACCUGCUGCCCGUUUCUGCAUGUUUCUGCGUGUGGCUGGUGUGCUUUAUUGUGAGGAUCCGUCUCUGCAUCCUUGAGGGCAGCGAGAUCUUUGCUCAUGCUUUUCCCCUCAGUUCGGCUGUCCAGCGGACUGCAUGGGCGUUUGCUUUGCUGCGGCUCAGCCGCUCCAUGAUCGUUUUGAUGGAGCGGUUCGCACUGUCGUAUUCGCACAAUCGAGACGACUUUGACCUCGCUUACGAGCAGUGGGCUUGCAUUUCGGCGUUUACCAGCCAGAUCUCCCAUUGGACAGGUGUGGCCCAUCUCCACAUCUCGACUUUUGCACUUCUUGGCAUGUUCCCGCCCUUCGCGGAGAUAUUUCUGGGUCGCACAUAUGACAAAAGCUGGUUGCUGUCGCACUUGUUUGCCAGCAUGGCGAACUGCUGCCUAACAGCAUACGUGCUACAGCGAGCUGCAGCCGUGAACCAGCAGAAGGAAAGUGCUGCUAUGAGUGUCGGCAGUUUUCAGUGGGCACUGUCUUGGUCUGCGAAAUGGCGCCAGCACCUCCUGCUAAAGUACAUGAGCCAGAGUGCUGUUGGCAUCUACAUGUGUGGCGUUUGCCUGACAAACCCUAUUCUGGCGAAGCUGGCGUCCGUCCUGGUCACUGGAGCAUCCGUCCUCUUGGCUCGUCUCGUGAGCCUGCCGGAGGAGAAGAAGGACGAGCUGGCCGAGCAAUGGGAGCAUUUCCUCGAGGCCCUCAAGGUCUGA